ACAAUAUGUUUACAAAAUAAGAAAUGAUAUUAAUUUAUACCACAAAUAUAUCUACUUAUUUUUUUCUAUUAUUUUUUCAUUGAUGUGGCCAAUAAUAAUGCAGUUUUUGCGAUCGAAUGCACCUUUCAUUACACUCCCAGUCGCUGCUAUAGUAGGAAUUAUAGGAUACAAUUUAGAAAGUUUACUAUCAGAUAGAUAUACACCUUAUAAUAAGGCUGUCCAAGACCAAAGGUUAGAACGACUAACAGAUGAAGAGUUAUUAAGUGAUCCAACAAAUGUACAAAAAUUAAAAUACAAGGAAAAUGUACUUGGAAAGAAUGUAUCGCCAUCAUUACAGAAAGACUAA